AUGGCUUCACAAGAUGCUCGUCUUGCUCUGCAGGAGACAGAUGAGGUCGAUAAUAUCACUGCCACUUACAUCUUCUCGGGGCCAGAUGAGGACCCGAAGCGAGCCGAAGGAGGACGGGUAGACGUCAUGAAACCCAAGUCCAAGCACUCCUGGAGAAAUCAGCCUCUUGUUGCAUAUCUGGCUGAUCUCUUCCUACCAGCGGGAUAUCCUCAUAGCGUGAGCGACGACUAUCUUCCAUACCAAGUCUAUGUUAGUGUCCUCAACUUCUCGGAGCUUCCCAUUCAGACGGACUCUCUACAAGCCUUCUGUAGCUCAAUUGCUGGACUCCUCUCUUCUAGAGCUGUCCUACAAGGUGUGGGCGUCGGAAAUGCAGAUGCCUCGCCAACAUCUGCUCUACUUCUUCACAUACUACAAGACACAUCUGGCCGCAUCGCAACCAUCUUCUUUGCACAUCGAGUCGGCACAGCCCUUGAGCCAGAAUGCAAGAUGUAUCGACUAGCAGCCGAUGUAUUCAAUGAUAUCGCCAUGAUCCUUGACUGCCUUUCUCCUAUGGUUCCAGCCGGUACUCAGCGUGUGGGCAUCCUCAGCACUGCCGGAGUUUUACGAGCACUCUGUGGUGUCGCUGGAGGCAGCUCCAAAGCCAGCUUGAGUGCACACUUUGCACGAUGGGGCAAUCUUGCUGAACUGAAUGCUAAAGACUCUUCUCAAGAAACAGUCGUUUCUCUGAUCGGGAUGCUUGUCGGCUCCUUUGUCGUCUCACAUAUCACAGGCUUCAAAAAAACUUGGGCAGCCCUCUUAACCUUGCUAGCCCUCCAUCUCAGCAGCAACUAUCUCGCCGUCCGGUCCGUGCAAAUGACAUCACUGAACCGCCAGCGCACCAACAUAGUAUUCACCUCCCUCUUAGAAUCUGACCCAGACUUAAACAUCUACUCCCUGCGACCCUCCCAACCACGCCCUCGCACCCCCCUGCCCCGUCCUAAUUCGUCACUGUGGCGCAAGCCACUGACCCCAGCUGAUGUCGCCGCCAAAGAACGCAUCUUCCAUCGCUCCGGCACUCUGCUCUGGGUCUCUCGCACUCCAGAUAAAUCGCAAGACCUCGGGUCCGCAGAGAUCGGCGUUCCUUUGGCGUCUUUUCUCCGGAAUGCGCGUUUGUCGUUUAAGACCACUCUGCCCAUGCGCGCUCUAGAUACCCUUUUCAAAGGCGAGGAGUAUAUCCUCUUCCUCUUCCCCCGCUCGCAGGAUCGAAUGACCAAGUGGCAUGCCUGCAUUGUGCUGAAGAAGGGUUGCAAGGUCUUCGGGCAGAUCAAAGCGUGGGUCCAUGCGCUUCUUGCGGCUCGGGUCUUGGCUGGGUCUGCGCUGGAAAAGGACGGGGUGGCGGAUGUGUUGACGGUCGUGGAGCGGGUUCUGGGCUUCUUGAAUACUGGACAGAGGUUCGAGAAGUAUUGUCUUACGCUGUUGCAGCUGGGGUGGGAUUUGCAGAUUGGGGCUUUGGAGACGAAGGCAGGGAGGCGGGUUGAGGCUGUUUGA